AUGGCAGAGAGACAAGGUGUGGGCUACGAAGUUCAAAGGGAGGUGUUUGAUGAGCUGAGUGUUGAGGACGUGGCAGAGAAAUGUAACAGUAAAACAUCACUCUCAGACAAACUCCAUGAUUCACUGCGGUGUUCAGGUCCCAGGCUGCAGCAAUGUGUGUUGAGGUGUGUUCCUGUUCUCUCCUGGCUGCCCCGCUACUCCUUUCGAGACUGUGCUGCAGGGGACCUGGUGUCUGGCCUCAGUGUUGGCAUCAUGCACCUGCCCCAGGGAAUGGCAUAUGCUCUGCUGGCUGCAGUUCCUCCUGUAUUUGGUCUGUACUCCUCUUUCUAUCCCAUCCUGGUCUACUUCAUCUUUGGAACAUCUCGUCACAUCUCAGUAGGCACUUAUGCGGUGAUGAGUGUAAUGAUUGGGGGGGUGACGGAACGCUUGGCCCCAGACUCCAACUUCUUGGUAUGGAAUAAUGAGACAAAUGGGAGCGUGGUAGACAUACUAUCCCGGGAUGCUGAGAGGGUCAAAGUUGCUGCUGCUGUCACCUUUCUAUCAGGCCUCUUUCAGAUGCUUCUGGGCCUGGUGCAGUUUGGGUUUGUGGUCACCUACCUGUCGGAGCCCUUGGUUCGAGGAUACACAACUGGAGCUGCCAUCCAUGUUAUUGUCUCCCAACUGAAAUACACCUUUGGCAUCUCUCCCAAGCGUUACAGUGGCCCCUUCUCAUUGCUGUAUACAGUGAUGGAGGUAUGUUAUCUUCUGCCAGAGACAAACAUAGGGACUCUGGUAGUAAGUGCUGUAUCAGUGAUUGCCCUCAUCGCCCUCAAGGAAGUCAACACCUUGCUCACCCGCAAGCUUCCUGUCCCCAUCCCUGUUGAGCUACUAGCUAUCAUCAUAGCCACAGUUAUUUCCUGGCAGUUCAAUCUGGACUCACAGUAUGGUGUGGAGGUGGUGGGAGAGAUCCCUUCAGGCCUCCAGGCUCCCAUCUUUCCUGCAGUAUCGCUUUUUGGAGAUGUGCUUGGUGAUGCAUUUGCACUGGCUGUGGUGGGCUAUGGCAUUGCCAUCUCCUUGGGCCGAAUUUUUGCCCUAAAAUACAGCUACAAAGUGGAUAGCAAUCAGGAACUGUUGGCUUUGGGCCUCAGUAACUCAGUUGGGGGGAUAUUUCAGUGCUUUGCUAUAAGCUGCUCCAUGUCCCGCAGUAUGGUCCAAGAAAGCACUGGUGGGAAAACUCAGGUGGCCAGUGCCCUCUCAGCUCUGGUUAUUUUGGUCAUCUUGUUGAAGAUUGGGGAGCUCUUCCAGCAACUGCCUAAGGCUAUGCUCGCAGCUAUCAUCUAUGUGAACCUGCAUGGGAUGAUGAAGCAGUUUGCUGACAUCAGAUUACUCUGGAGGAGUAACCGAGUGGACAUGUUGGUGUGGGUGGUGACUCUGAUUGUAACUUUGCUACUCAACCCUGACCUUGGCCUGGCUGCCUCCAUUGCCUUCUCAAUCUUCACUGUCAUCUUCAGGACUCAGCUGCCUCAGUAUUCCAUCCUUGGACAGGUCCAAGGAACUGAUAUCUACAAACCUGUAGAAGGAUACAAACAGGUGACACAGGUGCCAGGCUUGGUCAUUUUCCGGUCUUCUGCUACUCUCUACUUUGCAAAUGCUGAAAUGUAUGCAGAUGCCCUAGCAGAAAAGAGUGGUAUUGACAUUGCAAAGAUGCUGUCACACAAGAGGAAGAAAGAAGCCCAGAAGCUAAGGAAGGAGAAUCAGGAUGCCAAAAAUCUGGGCAGAGAGGUAAGAGAAGCCCAGAGGCAGGCGGAGGCACCACAGAAUAAGUGUAAAGAUGAAAUGACGGUGGAGGAGGACCCUCAACCUUACCCAGCCUUUCCACAUGCCAUCAUCCUGGAUCUGAGUCCUGUCAACUUCUUGGACACUGUGGGAGUGAAAACACUGCGCAAUAUUCAACAUGACUACAGGGAGGUGGGUGUGGAAGUGUUCUUUUCUGGGUGUCAGGACUGUGUUGUGGAAAACCUGGAAAGAGGGGGAUUCUUCAGUGAAAAAGUAACAAAGGCUUUUCUUUUCUGCUCGGUGCAUGAUGCUGUACUCCAUUGUCAGAAAUAUAUUCUACACUCCAUUGAUCAGGUGAGCCAGGUAAGUGUUUUUAAAAAUAUAUGUAGUUGAUGUCCAAUGGGAGCACAUGUCAAAAGGAGUGGGCUUGGGUAGACUGUGGAACCUAGCAAUAUAGCAUUGUGCAGCCUAUAGCAUUUGCUGAUUGGCUGAUGGGCUUUGGUAUUUGAACAGAUUCCAUGUCCCUGUACCCUCCACCAAACCAAAGUGUGACAUACGUUUUAAAAAUAAAUGUCUGAAUGUGUCAAAAGUUUGGA